CUCCACCCCAGCCAUGUGUCACCUCUUAAGUUUACCGAUAUUGGUAUCAACUUGACAGAUCCUAUGUUCAGAGGAAUUUAUAGGGGGGUUCAGAAGCAUCAAGAUGAUUUACAGGAUGUAAUAGAGAGAGCUGUCCAGAUUGGUGUUAAAAAGUUUAUGAUCACAGGUGGAAAUCUACAAGACAGUAAAGACGCACUACAUUUGGCACAAACAAAUGAUAUGUUUUUCAGUACGGUUGGAUGUCAUCCCACCAGAUGUGGUGAAUUUGAAAAGAAUGACCCUGAACUUUACUUAAUGGAGUUGCUGCAUCUUGCUGAAAACAACAAGGGCAAAGUUGUGGCUGUUGGGGAGUGUGGACUUGAUUUUGACCGACUACAGUUUUGCCCCAAAGACACUCAGCUCAAAUAUUUUGAAAAACAGUUUGAACUAGCGGAACAAACAAAAUUACCAAUGUUUCUUCAUUGUCGAAACUCACAUGCUGAAUUUUUGGACAUCAUGAAAAGACACAGAGAUCGCUGUGUGGGGGGUGUGGUGCACUCGUUUGACGGGACCAAGGAAGCCGCAGCUGCUUUGAUCGACCUGGGUCUUUACAUAGGGUUCAACGGCUGCUCACUGAAAACUGAGGCUAACCUGGAAGUUUUGAAGUCAAUACCUAGUGAAAGGCUAAUGAUUGAGACCGAUGCGCCUUGGUGUGGAGUCAAGAGUACCCAUGCUGGAUCCAAAUAUGUAAAAACGUCAUUUCCUACCAAAAAGAAAUGGGAAAACGGGCAUUGCUUGAAAGACAGAAAUGAGCCCUGCCAUAUAAUUCAAAUACUGGAGAUAAUGUCAGCAGUAAGAGACGAGGACCCACUGGAAUUAGCGAAUUCGCUAUAUAACAACACCAUUAAAGUAUUUUUUCCUGGCAUAUAAAAUUUUAUGGUAAAACUUACUGACAGUUUCAAUAAAGAAAUUCUCUG